AUGCAUUUACAACACAAAUUUAAGCAAGUUCUCAGAACUAAAACUAGACGAGAAGUUUUUCAAGCAAUUGGAAUUUUUAUUGGUUUUAUUAUCUGUGUUAGUAUUGUUAUUGUUGGUAUUUGUAUGACUAUUGAUGGAGUGUCUUUACCAAAAAGAUCUGAAUGUGGUAUUUUAUGUGGAUUUUGGGUAAAUGAACGUGGUGUAUUUGAUGAAAUUAUUUCAAUGUUUGGUGUGUUUGCUCCAUGGGUUUAUGGAAUUUCAACAAUCAUUUUAAUGCUUAUUCAUUGUCUUGGAAUAUUUUGUAGUAAACAAGAAAAUGGAGGAUUUAAACUCGAAUUUAUUUCUUUGAGAAAACGAGAUUAUAGCAAAUUAGUUGAAGUUAUUGGACUUUUAUUGAUUGGGUUUGGAGGAGUCCCUUUGUUACAACACAUUAUCAAUCCAAAUUUAUACCUUAACACUCAAGUCGAUAUUUAUAAUAUCGGUCAACUUCACUUCCCAUUUUUUGGGAUUUUCCUCGCAAUUAUUCGUUGGGUUUUUAUUUUGAACUUUUUUAUUUCUAUAAUUUAUGCUUUUGUAUAUAAUAAAGCAAAUGAAUCUUCUACUACAAUGGACGACUUGGUUAUUCCUUUCUAUCUAAGAUAG